GAGAGAGAGAGGGUGCGCGCGAGAGAGAGAGAGAGAGAGAGAGACGAGAGAGAUAGGGGGGGGGGAGAAAACCUGGCUCUUUGUGUGGGAAAGGCUCAGCAGGAAAGUGAUUUGGUGAUUAUUUUUCAGUUUGCCAAAGUGGAGGCUGUUCCCCACAAGCAAGUCCACUCUUCUCCCUUUUUGGAGCCUUCUCUCUCUCCCUUUUUUAUCUUGUUCUUUACACGCCGGAGUGAGAGAGAGGGACGUGCACACGGGGCUGCUUCACCGACCGGACCAACAGCGACACCCGGGCUACUCCUGAUGGUGAGCGGCGACGUCAGACUGGUCUCCAUGAAUAUUGAUGUGGAGUAUGGUCUGUUUCAUAGAAGAACAGAAGGAGGCAAGAUGGCUACCCUUUAGGAUUUGUUAGAGAACAGAACCGGCCGAUUUUGUUGGAUUUUUCUACAAAGUGGGAGGACACAGAAAGAGGACGCAGAGGACAGCUUCGUGGAUGGACUCUGAGCAGACCAGAUGGAAACAGAACAGUCUAGCCAUGAGACGGAAGAAAGUCUGAUAUUAGCACAAUUUGGCACCACUGAGCAUCCCAACCCGACGGAUACUACCAAACUCCACAAUGGAAACCAGUCUCCCGAUGGAGCGCGGAUUAAUGGACACGAGGACUGGACCCAUUACAAGCCUAUUGCAGGGGUCAACUCCAUGAAAAGAACCCAAGAGAACUGCAACAGCCCCGGUUUAGAACAGGGACUAUUCAGUCCAGGGCCUUACACCAUGAACGGGGAGCUGAAGCAUGCGCACCCGGACGACUCUUUGUUGGUUCCUCAGCCUAAGAAACUCAAAAUUGAUACUGAAAUGAAAGGAAAUGAGGAUAUGAGCUCCAGUCUGGUAGAAGACUUUUCUGAGCUGACAAAGGAGACAGAUUUUGACUGCAAUGCCCUGCAGGAGACAAAACUGGACAAAAUAAACAGAAAUUUCUCAAAUGGGGAUCUUAUUGGCCAUUCUAGACAACCAUUUUCCAUUUCUAAUGGUGCUACAGCCUCGCAACCAAUAAUGGAAGGCACUCCGGGUGAUCUUUUAGAGAAGACUCUGUCUCAGUAUUACCCUGAACAGGUUUCCAUUGCACCACAACCAUCUGGUUCACUGCCACUGGCCGUCAAUGGAUCUCUAGCAAAAAAGCUGCCCAAUCAAGGUGCUCAACACCUCCCUUUAAGCUCAGGUUACCCAAAUUCAACUCAGAUGCCUGCUGCACUGCAACAGAAACCUAGACCCGGCCACAAUAAUGAAAAUGGUUACAACUCUGCUCUCUAUAUAGUGAACGGAUACUCCAAGAAUCAUGAAGCAGGUCACCAGCAGCAGCAAGCUUACUCUGUCCAGGAACGUGACUUUGCACUUGGGCAAGGUGGAGAGCGACCUGCCAACGACUCACAACAUCAAAAUGAUCUAAAAUGCUUUCCAAAGAAUCCUGACGGCAUGUAUAAGAAAUCAAACCAGGAGUUUAAUCAGAACUCCUUCCCUGAACAUAACAUGCCUCCCCAGACAGGGAAGGGAUGCGAGUCUGAGAGUUUUCCCAGCCCAGGAUUAAAAGGAAUGAGGCAGAGUGAGGAGCCUGGUUCUGGCAAUAAAUCUGAAAAUGAUGGUGGUCUCCAAUACACAAUGCAACCCCAGAUCCAGCACUUUCAACAACGUUCAGGGAGCUUGUGUCGAGCUGGACCAGACAGCAUUGGCUCUAUGGGGCCUAAAUCGAUAAGCAGGCAAAGCGCACCAGGAACUCAGCAGUCUCAUCAUGCUGGGAUGGAAAAUGGACUGGAUAGCCCAACCCAGCAGAGCAGCAACUUAGCAUGCACUGCAACCGGCCAGGGGCAGUGGAUGGACCGAAACACACCUCAAUCUGAGCAGCGCUUGAGCAGUGGUCCGCCAUCAAAAACACAAGAGCAUGAUAUGUGGGAAGACUUUCUGAACAGGCCUCAGUCAGAUCAGCAACCACCAAAUCCCAAAGUCAAUGGGCAGAUGUUGCAAACAGACCCAAUGCAACGCUUUCAAACCCAGGAAGGUUUCACAGAUAACACCUCAGGGUCUAACAAUUUCCAGCAGCAGCAGAUUAAACAGGAGCAAUUGCAGUCCCAAUCUCAUUGUGCUCAAACUCAGCACAACACUGCCCCUGAGUGGCAGCAAUCUAAUUCGAAAACAACUCCAAUGCAGCAGGCUCUUUCCCAGCAGUGCAACCUCUCUGAACAGACAAGUCACUGCUAUCGCACUCCCAUGCAGCGUGAGCACUUACACGACGUAGACCCAGACCUGCAGGAAAUAUUGUCACCCGAAUUUUUACCAACACAACAGCACUGUCUAGAACGGCCCAUGUCGCAUCCGCCCCAGUUUGAAGGGCAGCAGCAGCAGCUCAAGUCCCCCAACUACAGACCCCACAGUCAGCCUCAUCCAGGUCAGCAGCAGUUCCAGCCCCACCAGCAGGGGAGAAACUCCGUACAGGCCAACCUCCACCCUCAGCAAGCUUUUGGCUACAACAACGCUGUGGAAAGGCAGCAACUUCAGAGGCAACAGUUUGGCACAGUGAAUCAAGGGAGUGUGGACUUUAAACAAUGCCACGCGCAGCAGCAGCAGCAGCCUUCGGUACAGUGCCAUCCACCCACCCACCCUGACUUCCAAAACACAACAGCACGCCCAAAUGCUCAAAUACCACAAUUAGGCACAAUGAACCAACAGGUUUCAGGAAAGAUGUAUUCCAAGGAAGAGCAGCAGCAGCAGCAGCAGCAGCAGCAGCAGCAGCAGCAGCAGCAGCAGCAGCAACAGCAGAAAGAUUUGUGUUCUCAAUUACAGAGAGGGUACCAGCUACCUCCUGGAGCUGGGGGGAACCAAGGAGACUAUCAGAAGCAUGCAGCUCUGCGAAUGCACCUUUUACAGCGGCAGGAGCGCCAUGGACCACCUUAUCCACCUCAGAGCCUCGGUGACAAACAAGGGCCAAUACCUAUCAAAAUGGAAAAUGGACCCCGAUUUGCAUCACCGGGAAUACAUCAGCAGGAGUAUCAGAGGCGAGAGAUGGCAAUGGGAAGCCCACAGGUCAAGCAGGAGUUUACUCAAUCCAUGUGCAAACAAACUAACAAGCCCGGGAGCAUCCUGGCCACCAUGGAACAAAGCCUCAGGCAGUAUGAGCUUUCUCCUGUGUUUGAGAAGAAGUCCUUAGCCCUAAAUUCUCCUCAGGUGAAGGUGGAGUCCUCAGGGGCUGUCACAAUACUGUCAACCAACGCAGAUCUGGGCGGAGGGGAGUCAGGGAUCCAUUCCAGCUCUGCCCCCAUGAGGAGACACAAUGACUUCACCCCGAAGAAAGAGCCUUCCCUCCAGAGCUUUCUUGAAUCUCCCAUGAAGCUCCUGGACACCCCCAUAAAGAACCUACUAGACACUCCUAUCAAAACACAGUAUGACAUUGCAUCUUGUCACUGUGUCGAACAAAUCAGUGAGAAGGAUGAGGGCCCUUAUUACACCCAUUUGGGCGCAGCACCGAGUGUCCCGGCUAUACGAGAAGUCAUGGAGAAAAGGUCUGGGCUAACUGGUCGUGCCAUUAGAAUUGAAAAAGUCAUUUACACAGGCAAGGAGGGGAAGAGCACACAAGGAUGUCCUAUUGCCAAAUGGGUCAUUCGACGUGGCAGCGAUGAGGAGAAGGUGCUGGUGUUGGUCCGGCAGCGUGCCGGACAUACGUGCGAGACCUCCUGCAUUAUCGUGGUCAUUCUAAUCUGGGAGGGCAUCAACCGAAAUGUGGCCGACCAGCUGUACAAGGAGUUGAGCACCACUUUAACCAAGCAUGGAGCCCACACCCAGAGGCGCUGCGCAAUCAACGAGGAGAGGACAUGUGCAUGCCAAGGACUAAAUCCUGAGGCCUGCGGAGCGUCCUUCUCGUUUGGCUGUUCCUGGAGCAUGUAUUACAAUGGAUGCAAGUUUGCUAGGAGCAAAAUUCCAAGGAAAUUCAAGCUUCUUGGAGAUGAUAGUAAUGAGGAGGGAAGACUGGAGCAAAAUCUACAACACCUAGCCACUUUAAUGGGGCCAAUGUAUAAAACAUUAGCACCGGACGCGUACGCUAACCAGGUGGAACAUGAACACAGAGCUCCAGAUUGUCGCCUUGGGCAGGAAGAUGGCCGCCCUUUCUCUGGGGUCACUGCUUGCAUGGACUUCUGUGCACAUGCUCAUAGAGACCUCCACAACAUGCAGGGUGGCAGCACUGUGGUUUGCACCUUGACCAGAGAGGAUAAUCGGGACAUAGGCAAGAUCCCCGAGGACGAACAACUUCAUGUUCUGCCUCUGUACAAGGCCUCCAGUACGGACGAAUUUGGUAGUGAGGAAGGCCAGCAAGAGAAGAUCAAAACCGGUGCCAUACAGGUCCUCAAUGCCUUCCGACGCCAGGUCCGCAUGCUCUCAGAACCUGCCAAGUCCUGCCGGCAGAAGAAGCUUGACGCCAAAAAAGCAGCGGCCAACAAGAAUGCCAGUCUCGACAUUAAGGCCGAGAAGAACAUGCAGGCCAAGGCCAAGGCUGGCACUUAUGAAAACAUUGCUCAGAGCGCUGCUGGGACAGGACCUAUCCCAGGGGCUAUGGCAGCGGCAGCACAAGCGGCUCCAUCGCCACACCGCCUCGGAGUCCACCAGCAGCAGCAGCUGCACCAGCAGCACGCCAAGAUCCUCCCCCCAUACCCAGGAUCCCCACACCCGGCCGGCUAUCCAGGCUUCCCUAUCCAUUCUGGGUCCUAUCCGAGCACUUCAACGGCAGGUGGCAUGUACCCCACGCCGACACCAACUAGCCCUUACCCGUCUCCACUUCAUGUUCAAAACGCCUACAUGAAUGGGGCGAACUCCCCUUACCCCGGCUAUCAGUGUAACGGAGGAAUGCCCCUGGAUAAUUAUCACCCUUAUUAUGCAUCAGACCCAAAGCCCCUUGAUAUGUAUCGGCAACAGAGGCCCGCGCUUUACCCAGAGCAGCAGGACGGUGUACAUCAACGCUAUCCGCCAAGGUAUGGAGAACCAGGUUUACAGGUUAAUGGAUAUAAUGCCUGCAGCAUGAGGCCAGGUGUUCAUCCCAUGGGCACUUACCCCCCCUAUGGACCUAAUGGAGCAACAAAUGCACAUCUUAUGGAUGCCCUCUCCAGAGCCCCCUCAACACACCCUGGGCUGAACUACGAAGCUGCCAUGAAAAAUGGCAAUCAGUUCGGAGGAUACGCAAAUCCAUACCUCCCUCAGAAUCCACAAAUGUUCCCCCCUGGCCAAGAUCCGUUCCGUAUGCCGAUCAAGCAGGAAAUGGGCCUUCCAGGCCCACAGGUGCUUCCCUCUGCAUUAGGUAGCGAAUGUCACACUCCGCAGGCACAAUUUGGAGUUCCCAAUGGAAACCUGCAAGGUGUGACCAUCAAACAGGAGCCUGGGACCCCAACCACGCCCACCACCCCACAGAAACCCGAGAUGUGGUCAAACAACGAGCACAACUUCUUGGACCCGGAUAUUGGUGGCGUGGCGGUGGCCCCGAGCCACGGUUCCAUCCUGAUUGAGUGCGCAAAACGGGAACUCCAUGCGACGACGCCGGUUAAAAACCCAGACCGCAACCACCCAACACGCAUUUCUCUCGUCUUCUACCAGCACAAAAACAUGAAUGAGGCAAAGCACGGGUUGGCUCUGUGGGAAGCAAAGAUGGCAGAGAAAGCUCGAGAGAAGGAAGAAGACGCAGAGAGGAACGGGGGUGAGGUUACCCCAAGUAAAAGCGGCGGAAAGAAAGCGGUCAAACGUGAGCACCCGGAGACUGAUCCACCCCGGGAGCCUACUUACAAGCGUUUCAUCCAGACACUCAUGGAGAGCUCUAUGUCCAGCACUACCAACACCUAUGUCAGUACAACCCCAUACGCCUUCACAAAGGUCACCGGGCCCUACAGUCAAUUUAUGUAGGACAAGGAAAGGAUACCAAGGAAUAAGACAUUAUAUUCCUACAAAUAGGUGCUAUAUUUAUUAGGGAUGACAUACAAGAGCCCUAAGCACCACUGGUCUGAUAUAUAACACAGCUCAUUUUCCACAGAGGAACAGUGUUAGAAGAAAUGUGAACUUCAGAUCAGUUAAGAUGGAAAGCACUCUCUCGACAAAUCUUUCACCUCUCUAUAAAGCAAGCUUUACUCGUAAGUUGACCCAACAUAAUAUUUAUUUUUGUUCAACUACUUUUUGCAAGAUACACACUGUCAAAACGCUGGUGCUGUCAGUCUGAUACAAAAGGACUUGUUUAUACUGGAAACAAAGUUUCUUUUUUAUGAACUAUGACUAUUUUUCUUAAAAUAUAUUCACUUGAGAUAAAACCUUGGCAAAAAAACAGUGAUUUUGUGAUAAGCCUAACUUAUGUUAAAGAAUACCUAAUAAUGCUUUCUUUAAUCAAAAUGCUUUUUCACGAUUGUGGUACCACUUUAUACGAGUGGCAGCAACUCAAAUUAUGUUUAAGUAUUCAGAAAACAGAAUCAUUAUCAAAUCAUCAGCAACUUGAUUACUCUACAAAAUCUUUAUUAUCAGAGCACUUUUGAUAACAAGAUAAAUGCAACAGCAUCAAAACUGAAUUGUUAAGUUUGUGCUUAUUAUAUUGUUACAAUACAAUAGUUACUUCCUAAUGAUUUUCACAGUUAAAUGACAAUAUGCAUUAGAAAAAGGAUCAUGAGUAAAUAUGAUCUGUCGAACCGAGAAAACUGACUUUCACUUGCAUUUUAUUGGUGCUUCUUUCACUAUUCUAUGUCCUUUAUACUGUCCAUUUUUUAUUGAGCCAUCCUUAUGGUGCUUUUCUUUUUUUUUUCGUGAGAAAAAAAAUCGAUACACUUGAUCACAACGGGGUCACAAUUCUGUCGUUGGCUGUUUCCGGGUUGCUGGCCAUAGGUUCACUGAACAGAUCUGAUGUGAAUAUUUAGUCCUGUGACUGUUGCAUUCACUAAAAAUGUUUUGUUCAUACACUGAGGAACAUGAGGCAGGGUUAGUUCAGUGGUGCUGGUGUUUCAGAAGGCAGCUGGCAUGCUGUGGGGGUCUUUAAAUAUUGUAAACCAACUGUAAGAUACAAAAAAGUUUGUACAGUAAAUUAAUUUUCAAAUGUAUGCUUAAGAUUUUAAUGUUGUCAAGAAGUAGUCUGACUUUUUUUUUCAUUUGAUGUAUUUUAUGCGUUGAAACUGUUUUUAUUUCAUAUGGUGCUAUUUGACAUAGUAGUUACAUAAUGUGAGACUCAUGAGGCUGAUGAAUGAUAUACAGUAUCUACCUGUCAUAUACCUCAGAACAUGCUUGGCAAUAGGAUAACAUAACAAAGGUUUAUUUUAGUCUAUUAUCCUUCCUCGAUUACUCAAAAACUUUCACACUCGCUGAAUAUUCAGGUUACCAACAGGCCGAGAAGUUUAUUUCUUUCCCAUUUUUGUUAUCAAACUGCUAGAAAGAAUUACUUAAACUUGAAGCUUUGAUGUUACUACAAAUCAGGGACAUUUUCAACUAAGUACGUCUAAACCUCCAUCUUGAUUCAGUUUGUUUUUUUCACCUCAUUCAGGGACUUGCCUUCAGAAUCCUAUUAGAAAGUCUUGAAGCCAUACCCAAAACUAAAUUUAUUUUGUAAGUAAAAAAAAAGAUAAGUUAUUUUAUAGUUAGUUGGCUGGUUGAAAUCUUAUAAAAAAAAAUCGUCAUUUGAAUUGAAUAUGCACUGAGUUGACUAAAGGGAAAGUAUGACACUUACUUGUGAGAAGUAAUGUAGUUUUAUUUUGCUAAAAAAGCAAGGCCAGGGCAGUUAUUAUAGUAGUUGCACGCCAUUGUGCUUGGGUAUAGUUCAAAUUUAUUUAUAACCACUAAGCAAUUGUAUAAUGAUAAUUUUGCCCCAAUUAUUUGAUUUAAUUGAUGUGAUGUAUAAUGUUAUGAGUUAUGUAUGAGUGACCCCAAUCUUUAACAUAUAUUCUAUCAAUUUCUUAAAGCACUUAAUUUCUUUUUCAGGAAAAAAAUGUAAUAAAAGAAUUACUUUAUUUAAAAUAGAUUGUAAAUGUGUUAAGGAAAAAUAAUUUAUGUCACAUUGUAUAUACCAUGCAUUUGUAUUACACAAAUACAACUCACUCUUUGUUGAUAUUGUAGGUUCAUGUAGUUUUGUCAAAUAUACUAAUACAUCAAGUACCAAUCCUAAAGUAAACAUGGUUUCUUUAUUGUUUGAGUUAACAGAAAACCCCAGUCAGAUAAAUCUAGACAGUUUUUGUACAUACUAAGCUCCAUUGCCACAGCAAUUUUUUACAGUUAUACAAUCCGGUUAGCAAAAACCUUCAAAAUGUGUAUUUGUACCUUUCCCAUUUUGUAGAGAAAUUAUAAAGUUAUUAUGUUGUACAGGACCCAGCUGAAGUAGCAAGUUGAGUAAGACAAGGUGAUUUAUAGCGGGUUUUAGCAUAGCCAUACUCAAGGAUCAACAUUACUUGAAUGACUUUCAGAGCUUAAUUUACGAAUAAAAAGGUGCUAAGCCCUGACGUUAUGCUAGCAGUUGAUAAACAGAGGUUUGCAAUUAGACACUAAAAAAGGUUAAAAAACUGCAAAUUCCUGUUUGUUUUUUUUCAAAGGCUUCUCUAGAUUUCCUGAAGUAUGGUAUGCUAAAAAUGGAAUUAAAAAGGUUAGAUACUGUAAGUAAUGUAAUGUACUGAACGCAGUUUAUUUGAAAGCUGUUCAUUAUAUCAUUCCUGUUAUUGCUAAGAUGUGGGUGUUUUUAAUAAAGGUUAUAUUUAUUUAAUGCA